AUGAGGAGCAGCGCCUUCUCCCUACUCAACUCAACAUCGCACGGAUCAACACACGUUCCCGAACUACAACGCAGGACAACAGCGCUCUUCUCGAUCGUCACCUCCAGAAACAGCGAGUUCAGUAACCGCAUCAGGAGAGCUGUCCAAAAGUUACUAAAAGGGGCGCCUAAAGAAAUGGUACAAGACAGACUUUUGGAAGAGUUUGUGGAGCGUUUGCAGCCAGAAUCGAAAUUCCAUAUCAAGUCGCUAGACCCCGCGACUUUUGAUGAGGCUUUGAGAAAGGUCUGCAUCGAUACGUCGCGAAGAAACACUUGGAUGAAUCAAGGAAGGACUACAGUCAAGAAAGAAGGGAGCCACCACCCAACAACUACCGGCCUAGAGAGGUAA